UGCAGCAGCUGCGCUUCUUACUUCUGCUUUAAACCUGAUGCUUGGGGCGACAAGAACUCCUAGCCUGUUUUUCUUUUUGGUUAAUUUUGUAUUAGCAACUAACAGGUGCUUUAUCUGGAUAAACACAACAUGAUGAGAAGCUUCCCAGUCCAGAUGACCUAAUCCAUUUUUUUGUUCCACAAGCAUCUUCAAGCCUACCAAAUUCUUUCCAUACCCACUUGUCAUUGCAUUGCUACGAAGGUCAGUAGGCAUACUGUUACAACUGAAGAACAAGACCUCCUUUAUUUACAUCAAAGAUGACCAACUUGAGAGCCUCAAAUGAAGACAAAGAUCUUUGAAGUAUAGUAUAAGAGCUACAGUUCGAGUGAAGAGAAUUAGCAAUGUGUAAGAAGAGAAAAGAAGCACAGCUACCUAGUCAGGAUUACAGGCCCAGUAUGUAACAAUUUUCGAUUGAACAUAAGCUAACUGCUUUGAAUGAUGACGAUGAAUUGUACAAACUGCACAAUCAAAUCAAAAACAGUAACUGAAAACAUGCUUAUUUCCUUCACUUUGGCUGUAAUAACCAUUCUGACAACAUUGUUAAACUCUGCUGUCAUACUUGCAAUUUGCACAAACAAAAAAUUGCAUCAGCCCGCAAACUAUUUAAUUUGCUCAUUAGCGGUAACAGACUUUCUCGUUGCAAUUUUGGUCAUGCCUUUAAGCAUAGCCUACAUAAUUAUGGAUACAUGGACCCUUGGCUUCAUCAUAUGUGAACUAUGGCUUAGUGUUGACAUGACUUGCUGUACUUGUUCAAUCCUUCAUUUAUGCGUCAUUGCUUUGGAUAGAUAUUGGGCAAUUACAGAUGCUAUAGAAUAUGCCAGAAAAAGAACAGUCAAAAGAGCUGGAAUUAUGAUAUUAACUGUGUGGACAAUUUCUGUUUUCAUUUCCCUACCACCAUUAUUUUGGAGAAACCACUACAACACAAACAUUCCUACCGAAUGCAUAAUUAAACAUGACCAUGUUAUAUAUACCAUUUACUCUACAUGUGGAGCAUUUUAUAUCCCCUUAACUUUGAUACUUAUUUUAUACUAUAGAAUUUACCAUGCUGCAAAAAGUCUGUACCAAAAAAGAGGGUCAAGCCGACAUUUGAGUAACAGAAGCAAUGAUAGUCAAAACUCAUUUGCCCACUGCAAACUUACACAGACAUUUUGCGUGUCAGAUUUUUCUACUUCAGACCCCACCAUGGAAUUUGAGAAGAAGAAUGCAUCUGUGAUGACCCCUCCUUAUGAUAAUGAUAUUGAUAUGUUUGGAGACCGACAGCAACAAAUUUCCAGUUCCCGUGAACGGAAAGCUGCUCGCAUUUUGGGACUCAUUUUAGGUGCUUUCAUGUUAAGCUGGCUACCAUUUUUUAUUAAAGAACUUGUGGUGGGACUUCGCCUUUGCACUGUUUCUCCAGAAGUGGCUGACAUUUUGACAUGGCUAGGUUAUGUGAAUUCACUAGUGAACCCACUUCUGUACACAAGUUUUAAUGAUGAAUUUAAGUUGGCAUUUAAGAAACUCAUCAGAUGCAAAGAGCACUCUUAAGUAUCACAAUGGAUGUGCAAAAUGAUGGCCUUAAGGAUGAAGAUCUUUCAAAUUGCAAAACUGACUUUUGGUUGAGGGAUUGCUAAAUUCUAUUUUCUUUUUGAUUGUUCAGUUCUGUCUCUUAUACAGCAGUCUUCUACCUCCGUUGUUAUUGCCGUGAUAAAUAUCAAAUAAAAUGUUUAAGGAGUAAUAUAUCUUAGCUUCAUUUGCAGUUGAAAUUUUAAAUUAUAUCAGCUAUUCUAUUCUCUGAUGUCUUGCUUUGGAUACAUUGUACAAUUAUGAAAAUGUGCAAAUAGGAUUAAACAUGCAACAGUAGUUUAAGCUUUUUUUUUUUAGAAGCCAUUAGCUAUUGGCCGGCUUAAAGAAAGUAGAUAUUUUGGAAUUCUGGCUCUUUCAUUGGAUGAAAGACUUCAAGACUAAGGAUUAAUUAAAUCUUAGCUGGGAUCAAGUACAAUGUACUGUAUUACUAUC